CUUCAAAUUAUCAGAGUAGGAUCCUCAUUUUCAAGUGGGGAUGAAUAUGAUCGAAUUCAGAGUCAAAACGCAGCGUUUAGGGGAAUCGAGCACAGUCGUCGCCUUUUCUCUGAGAUAGAUAGGCGUUAGAGCCUAUGGUGAAGGAACGACAACCAAACAAUUCCUCUUUUACUCUCCGGAUUCUAGCUAUUCCGAUACCGCUGCAAUGUCAAGCUGUUGCUGCUACGGUAUCUUUCACCGUCAAAUUCCUUUUUUGGCUCAUAAUAUUACGGUUAGGGUUUCGAUUCCUCACUUCUGGCCGGUACUUGGGUGUCACUGCUCUAUCUAGCUCUUCGAACAGAGUUCAAGAUUAAGUCUUUGUGCAGAAGCUUAGGCAGUGCCAUGGACUGGGAAGACCAUUGAGGAUUUUGGAAUAAUUAUUCAAUCAGUUGGACAAACAGAAGAUCCGGCCUGUAUGUUGUUGACUUUAUUACAGUGGUGGUUAUGAUGGUAUUGGUGCCUGUUAGAUCCUGUGCUUGUUUCAAACAUGUUGGCAGUGUAGAUUGUGAUGAUUCUGAUACUGACAUCUGGAUUCGUUAAGUAGUCCAAGUCAUCUCCUAGGCUUCUUGCUUUAAGAUAAAAUUGCAUAAAAAAUCUAAUAAGUGAUUCCCUUAAUUUUUAUAAACUUUUAUUGGACUGGUUGUGUAAUAAUAAGUAUUUUUAUCAUAAGUCCAUGAUAAAACUUUUCAACGAUC